AUGGCUGUACUUGUACCCAGUAUUGCACGGCUGCGCCUUUCCUACACCCCCGUCGUCGUCGUCAUCCACGAAUCCGCACCACCUGCCUGCUGUUGCGCCGUUCCUGUGCUAGGAGAUUUGUUGGGGAGCCAGUGGGUUACGGAUGGGGAGUUUAGGAAGAGAGCCGGGAGGUAUUGGGGGGUUGUUAUGAGGGGGUUGGAGAAGGUGCCGGAUAGGGUGUUUGGUGCUGUUGAGGUGGAGGGGUUAGAGUCAGUGGAUCAAGAUAUUGAAAAAGAUGAAGUUGCGGCGGAGGCAGCAGUAGACCAAGAUAAUGAGAAGGUGUCGAAGAAAGAUUCAGACAUCGCGAACGAGGGGGGGAUUAUAACGGAACAAAUUAGCGAGAAGGCCUCAACAACAAAUCUAGACAUGGAAAAAGAGGAGAAGGUUAUAGUGGAGCCAGCAACGGACCCAGAUAGCGAAGAUGCGGAAACGACACCAGCUGAACCACUAUCAGAUUCAACAAUAGAGCAAGACAGUGAUUCGGCAGAAGAGACAUAUCCAGAGCAACCAACAGAGGAGGGAAGCGAGGAAGAAGAAGAAGAAGAAGAUAAGAAGCCCCCGAGAAAGGUAUUGUGGGGUGGCACAACCGAAGUACUUGGCGCAGACAAGAACUGGGCGAAGCGUGUCAUCAAUAUAGCUGGAAACCAUGAUAUUGGCUAUGGUGGAGAUAUCGACGAGUCACGGAUUGAGCGAUUUGAACGGGCAUUCGGCAGCGUCAACUGGGAUAUAUGGUUCACCCUACCAGAUGAGCUACGCCAGAACAGCACCAACCCGUCGAUACAGAAAUCUAACACGCCACCAACUCUCCGCCUCGUGGUCCUGAAUACCAUGAACCUGGAUACGCCCGCCUGGUCUAGUGAGCUUCAAACCGAAACCUACGACUACCUGAACCAUGUCAUAACCACAUCUCUCCCAGUUGAUGACAAAACGCAUGCUACCAUUCUCCUCACUCAUAUUCCACUUGAAAAGGAGGCCGGGAUAUGCGUAGACAGCCCAUAUUUUGACUUUUUUGAAAAUGGUGGGGGUCUGAAAGAGCAGAAUAUGCUAUCAUACCACGCUAGUAAGAUUGUCUUGGAGGGAAUGUUUGGGAUGACUUCAAACAAGGACGCCGCAGGCCAGGGACUCGGCAGACGCGGAAUCAUCAUCAAUGGUCAUGACCAUGCAGGCUGUGACGUUGUGCAUUACAUCCGGCAACCCGGCGUAGAGGAUGUGUGCCGGAUCGAAGACGUGAAGAGCGAUGAGGUGUACUGGCCAGCCAACGACACCAUGAUCGCUACUUCUAUGGACAUUGAUGGUGUUGAUAUCAAUAUCGUCAUCGCCAACAACACCUACAUCGAGUCCGAUCAAACAGAAUCCACGUCCGAGUCCGAGUCUACCCCAGAAUCUUCACCUGAACCAACGGCUGAGACCGCUCCAGAGCCUUCAGAGUCCCCACCACCCAAGUGGCGUGCUCGUCGAUUCCCACACCGCCCUUAUGAAAUUACCCCGCCAAACAAGUGUACCAGGAUCGAGUCCACGCCGCACAUUCGAGAGAUCACGCUCCGCAGUAUGAUGGGCGAGUACUCGGGUUACGCCGGAUUUCUGUCUGCAUGGUUCGACCAGGACAAAGGCGAGAAAGGAGAGUGGGUACUCGAGUUCAAUACCUGCGGCGUUGGUAUCCAGCAUUGGUGGUGGGGUAUUCACAUUGUUGAUCUGGUCGUGGUUCUCUGUUUGUUCGCAGCAGGCAUCGCAGCUACAGCUGAGAAGUUGGGCAUUGACAAGCUCAUGUUUGCGAAGGUGGCGGAGCCGGAAAAGCGGAAGGUGAUCCAGAAGGAGAAGCAGAUGAGGGUAAACAGCGGCGCACGUGGAUUGACUGUUUCGGCUACGGAGGCUGCGAUGCAGAAGAUGUAG